UGCACCGCGCUUCGGAACGGCCUGUCCGACGGGAAAGUCGCGCGCGCCUCUCUCAGGUUGCCCGCGAAGUCUCCUUUGAGGCUCUACAAGUGUUCGACGUUGCCCCCCCAGGACAUGAGGAUCCGGCGCGUGUGCAGUGCAUUGGAUUUCGGGCCGGUGAGACCCCGUUGAACAAGUUCUCGCACAAGAGUAAACCGUCAGGUGUGGAAUUUUUGCGAAGCCAUUCUAUCGUUAAACAUUCGAGCGAUGCCGUGUUUGUUUAUAAAGGAAACUCUCUACGGUGACAACGCAGUGCGUCCAGCGACAAGUUGCUCCUAGGUUAUAAUUGGGUGCGAAGGGUAGCGGGUACAAAAAGUUUGCUACCCGCUAUUACCUUUCUCAUCGGAUGCUGAAUGAAUGAUAUUUUCGAUGGAUAUUCCUGUACGGAUACCCUGUCUUCUGCCAACGCUGUCUCGGAUAUGGAAAGAAGAAACAGGCGAACAAGCAAGCCGAAAACAAGUGUGAGAUCCAAUCAUGUACAGUGAAACGACAACCGACCAAUCGGAUUACAGCCCUCAGUGUGACGUCGUUGUGUACCGCCAAGAGCCAUCGCAUGAUUCCAUCUCCGUUACGUACGCAUACGUCACUGAAAGAUAAGCAAUCCCCAAUUUAGCAAAUCAUCGCGUAUUUAUACGAGGUGACCUCCUCACGAACGCGCUCAUCUGCCUUUGUUUAAACUAAAUCGCGCGGACGAGAAUUCAAUAGCAAUAGCGCCGAGAAAUAAAAGCCAGCCGUAUUUACAUAUACAUGAGCUUAUGGUCGAUUUGUUCUACAGUCGAGUACUUAUGUAAAUUCGGGACAAUUUGCAUGAGUGCGAGUAUAUAGCGCCGGGUUUAUCAACACCGGCGGGAGGAAUUUCCCCCGAAAGAAAAAUUAAGAACCGGGACUUUCGAAAGCCCGCCAUUACGGCGAAUGGCCUUAAGUUCUCUCGAGGGAAUAGCUAGUGUGUGAAAGAAGAGACCUGCUGACGUUAAGUGAGGGGGUUCAGAAGGCAGUUCCGUCAGUUUAAUCGUAAAACCGCUCUCUCUUCUAACAAUAUUUCAGUACCGGUUCCUUUGUAUACAAUUCGCGAACAUGGACUCCCAAUAUCGAGAGGUUGUGACCGUCCACGGGAAACUAAAGUAGUCCUCGCAAAACUAUCAACAUUUCGAGCUAGUCAAACAGGCCACUACGCCUUUCCAGCGAGUUGAGCGAACCAAUCCGUAACAAAGAGCCGCUCAAAACACUCCUUAUCGAAAGGAGGCUAGCUUCGAAAUCACGUUCAGCGUUACUUGACACCGUGUAUAGCGCCUCGUCCUCUAGAAUGUGCAAUAAUUAUCGCACUAACCUUUCGCCGCGUUCGAUAAUAACGUUAGUCACACAGGAGAGCCGACUGGGAUUUCUCUAACGAGUCGGGGCGUUGAUCGUUGGAGACGGCUGACUAGGAACGUGCAAUUAAGGGGGACCAACAAAAGUUGCCUGCGAGGCACAUUAGCACGAGACCUUCCCUCAAGACCUUAUUUUUCUACUUUCUUUUUUUUUUUUUCAUCUACGCUUAAUCUAAUUUACGAGAACUCUCAGAGACUGACUGGGUCGAAGUGCUAAGGGGGGUCUUGCGGAGAGAUAGAUGCGAACAUGUGUAGGGAUAGUGAGCUGGAGCGACGCGUCGUCUACAGGCCUGACUUUUUACCAGACGUCUAAACGGGAUACGUAUUGAAUACGUAUCCGUAUUCAAUGAAAUCGUUCUUCUCAACAAGAAAGUUAUACUAACCGCUGUCGCAAACUAACACACAAUGAUCUUGCAUCAGAAUAUCUCGAAGCCUUGACCAUCGAACAUAUUUUUGCGCAAAGAAACGUUACCUGUAGACACGCAAAACAACGCUGUGUUCACAAAAGUGCUGCCUUGAGAACAACUUCGCUCAACCGCAAAAAAAAAAACCUUCCUCGUUGCCCAGAGCAAACAAACCAUUGCGACACUCUAAUGUCACGUAGUCAAAGGGACAGCAGAAGUCGUCGUGUCCCUCCGCUGUGGGCUUGCGGGAGUGCCCCGUAAGUGAGGGGAGUGUCUACUCCCCGCCCCCUACUCAUGGAGGAGUCGCACGCCCUGCGAGUCAGCGACGAGGACUCGAACCCCGACCCAGACGCUCCCGUCUUCAACUGGAGCGCCCUGGCGCUGAGUACCGUUCCAGUGGCCGGCGUUCUGGGCAACAGCCUAGUCGUCCUUGCCGUCUGGCAACAGCGGCGGCUACAAAAUGUCACGAACUUCUUCCUCGUCUCGUUGGCUGUUGCAGACCUCAUGGUCUGCUUGGCGGUCAUGCCGUUUGGAAUCAUCGACCAGUUCUACGGCUACUGGCCUUUCGGCUGGGUGGUGUGCACAGUGUGGACGACCUGCGACGUCCUAGGAUGUUCCGCGUCCAUCCUGCACCUGUGCUGCAUCUCCGUCGGUCGGUACGCGGGCAUCCGAAACCCGUUACAGGCGCGCCAGAGCUGCCGCUCCGCCGUUCUGGCCCGUGUGGCGGCCGUCUGGCUCCUGGCGGCGCUCAUCUCGUGUCCAGUACCCGUGCUGGCCUUCGCCGACGUUGGCAAUGUCUUGCCGUCCAAGGGUGCAUGCGGCAUCACCAACCGUUUCUUCAUGACGCUGGGCUCGCUACUGGCAUUCUAUCUACCCAUGCUGGUGAUGGUGACGACGUACGUGCUCACCGUCCGAGAGCUUAAGCAGGUUCCCUGCACCCUGUCGCCGAACAUUUCGUCAGGAAGCGAACAGACUUCAUCGGGAGGCCGUACAGGACAGACGCACUGCGCCUGUCCAGCCGCAGUGGCUUUGCGUGCUGCUAGGGCCAUGAACGAACGGAAGGCCACCAAGGUCCUCGGAGUGGUCUUCCUUCUGUUUGUGGUGUGCUGGGCACCCUUCUUCAUCCUGAACGUCGCCCAAGCGUUCGUGGGCCCCCGCCUCUUCCCGAGCUCGCUGGCCACCACAUUCCUGUGGUUGGGCUACGUCUCUUCCACCGUCAACCCCCUGGUGUACACAGCCUUCAACCGGGCCUUCCGUUCAGCCUUCUGGCAGCUGCUCACGUGCCACUGCGGUCCUCGACCUCCGAAGCGUCGCAAGCGCCACCUCAGCCACGGUGGCUCACAGUCCACGCACCGGGACAUGGUGUCCUGGUCCUUCAAGUCGAGCUUAGCCAACAACUCCACGCUGCGCAGCGUUCAGAGUCCAUGCUGACAACCAAUGACUAGUGUCGCAGGCGCGUCUCCCGAGCGGCUGUACGCUGGCAGACGCUGCGCUAAAGCUGGGCAGUGUGAGAAACAUUCCCUUUCCCGCUGGGUCAGCCAAUAGUUCGUAAUGUUCCCCGAUGGCCACAGCAAUUUACACUUCUGCGUGGGGUCCUAAGGGUCCUCUACGAAUCCCCAGCACUUGGAGCUUCUUGCACAGUGACAAUAACGGAUCAAGCAAUGUGCAGUGGAGUUCUUGCGCGUUGUAAGCAUACGCUUCUCCUGAUAGCGUAAUGCCCCCCCCCCCCCCCAGACCUGCUGUGCGACCAAAUGCGGUACAUCAGCUACAUCCCGUUGUGUCGUGUGCCAUCGAUCCAAAGCUCUCUACAGUCUGAAUGCAGCCGUGCUUCAAGUGGUGCGAUAGAGCUCUUAUGACGUCACGACUCGACAUGGUGCACCGCGUUACUCCAUCGGGGCUGGAAACAUCAAUGCAGCGAAAAUUCAAAAAAAGGUUCCACUGGAUUCGUGGAUAACCAUACUGUGCGGUAUGUAUAGUGGUAGUGGUGUGCCCUGCAGCAGAUAUAGAGCCAAUACCUUGCUCGACGUAACAACGUGAAACGCUUUUCAAAGGUACGCACAUAGGAGCGUUCCGCAUUUAAGUACGUGGACCACAUAACAGCGUAAAAUCGCGUUUGCUUUUGGGGAGAUCGAUUGUUAUCGUCUCCUACAGAAUGCCAAAGGACUCUAAAGAAGCGUUAUAUGGAUAUUCCUUUCGGACGAGAGACUUCGCAAUGCGUAACACGUACCAGGGCUCAUUCAACACAUUCCGGACACCAAUUUGUCGAUGUGCUGGAAGGUAGCGCGUUUCCUUCAAGUUCGUUCGGAGUAUCACACCCUGAGGGACCACCAGCCCUGAGAUCAUUAGACACACGGGGUUGUGUGUCACUGUGCCUAUUGCAGAAAAGAAAAUUACCCUUUCACAUCCUCUCCCAAAACUCUGCGGUUAUGAAAUCAUGUUUUCCACAGCGGACGACACGCAAGCCGGCAUUUUCCGGAGAAGCUGCAACGGCGGCGCGGCAUUCGCUCCAAUCACGCCCCUCUUUCAGCGAUACCUGAUAUAACGACGUCAUCGCUAAAUGCGGACUAGGCACACGCGUCAACGCUAUUCGCACCGAGCACCGAACGGAGUUCAAAAUACUAUACUGUAGAAGGAUAAACACGGUACACACAGAAAAAAAAAACGUCGCCCCCAGUGUUAUGACCACCUCCCUCGCGGGUUAUACGGGUUGUCGCACCUACUUUGCCAACCAAUCGUAGUGGAGAAACACGUCUUAGUAACAUGAAUCCUCAGCUGUGUCUUGCCUUGCCUCUUACCGAAUAGAGAUCGACAGAAAUAAAGAGUUUUUAGAGAAUCGUACAUGCACUCAGACUCCCUAUUCCGACCUAUUACGGUCAAACUCCUUUAUAGCGAACACCUUUUUAACGAAAAUACCACUACAGCAAAUUUUUUUGCGGUCCCGCUGGAGCCCUAUAGGUCCAAUAAUGGACAUCCUUUUUAACGAAAAUACCUUUACUGCGAAUUUUUUUUGCUGUCCACUGAGUUACGUUGUAAAGGAGUUUGACUGUAUUCCUUACUCCGUCCGACUCCCUAUGGACGAUAUCGAAACCAAGUGAAAGUGGAACUGAAUGCAGAGGACUAUUAUGCGAGGUCGUCUGCAACGUCAUGCUCGACCGCUUCGCCAUCUGACGGAAGGAGGUGAAACACAGGUAUAGCCGAUUGGAAAUGUUAGGCAGCGGGUUUUUUUUUUUUUCUCACGAUUUAUCCACUGAGAAACGGACCGAGUGGCCGCAUCGACAUAAAAUUUUGGGAUAUAAUACGUCCUCUAGCAUCUACUUUAGCUUCCCAAAACUGUUUCUAUUUGUCUCAUCUCCGUUACAAACCCUGAAGUUUAUCUUGACGAACCCUGUAUUUUGGCAAAAGCUUGUUUAGUGACUCUAGCUCCGUAUAUCCCACUCGCGAGUCACAAAGGGAGUCUGGGGUGAAUUUACGAAUUCUCUAAAGCUCAUUAUUAGUUCCACACUGGCUUUAGUAGUUCUACAUCACCCGACGCCAGCACGCAUGGCUCCUCAGUUGAAUCUUCGGCAAGUCACCGCGUGCGACACCCUGAAUAACCACAACAUAGAACAGUUUUUCUCCUCUCCUAUGUUACGUCAAAACCCGGUGCAUGGUACCCGUACAUACAAGAGUGGUGUCUGUGUGUGUGUGUGUGUGUGCGCGCGCGCGCUGCUUGGAGCGGUUCUGA